CGUUGCCAAUGAGAAGAUGUUGCGCUGAGGAGUUGGAUACAAACGAGAAAUCACUGUCAGGCUCUUUGUACGGGAAUAAACAACAUCUUAUUUUAAAACAAACUCUUUCGUCAUCUCAUGUGGACAAUUUAGUGAAGUCCAAGUCAGGAUGCAUACCUCUCGCAGUCCGUCCGCAUCCAUCCAGGCAGGACCUGCAGCAGAUGCCCUUGACCUCAGUCUGAGCGGUUCUCAGCUCACGAUGGGCCGCAGACCCAGCAGUGCUUCUCCGGGAAAACACUUUUCUCGGUCCAUAUCUGUAUCUGUGGCCGGUGAUGGCCGGGCGAAACGAAACACUUUGACUGAUGGUGGAUCGGGAAGUUCACGAGCAAUUAAGAACCUGCGUCGGUCCAACAGCACCACACAGGUGAACCAGCAGGCCAACACAAGCCCCAGUGAUGGCCAAACAGAAGAUUUCCUGGCUCUGUUCAACAGCAGCUCUGAUGGACGCAGAAAACUGGCCAGCCUCUCCAAGACAUCCAAAGACCGCACUACCUGGAACAUCCUGGAUGAACAGCCGAGAGCGUUUCUUGUACCCAGCAGCUCUCACAGUACCUGUAGCAUGGAUUCUCCUACAGGACUGAAGAAGAGAGAGGCCGGAGUCUCUCUGGCUGCCAACUUCACUGCAAACAACAGAAGCAAUAAAGCUGCUGUGGGAAACUCUGUGACCACCAUUCUCCAUAAUAACCACUCAGAGAAGCCCCUCACUCCCAAGAGCUCCAAUCAGAAACCUUCAUUCAAUAACAUCAUCAAAGCCACAGUGAAUGAUGAUGUGUCUGUAGAAGUAGGCGCUUCUCUCACUAAGUCCCAGAAGAACUUCUCAUCAGCAUCAUCAGGCUCCAACAACAACAGCCCCCGAAGUCCAGGUGUACCCCGCCGGCGAGAGGUGACCGAGGAGGAGGCAGAGAGGUUUAUUCAGCAGGUAAACCAUGCUGCUGUUACUAUUCAGCGUUGGUUUCGUCGCCAUUCCAACAGAAAGAGAGCCAAUGAGAAUGCUCUUAAACAACUUCUAGCAUCCAAAAAGAAGGAGAGGGAACAGAGAGCUGAGGAGAAAGCCACUGAAUCUAUGAAGAAGAAAGAAGAUGAUAGGAAACGCAUCAGAGAGGAGAAAGCCCGUCUGGCUCGACUUACAGCCAUACAGGAGCUACAGCAGAAAAGAGCUCAGCGUGCUGCAGAGGUCCAGCAGAUAGCACAGGAGGAGGUGGAAGCGCUAAGGCAUGCUGGGAAAGUGGGCCGUAAAAAACUAACCAAGAGUUCACCAACUUCACCCACUGAUAUCAAAGCUAAAAACACAGAUUCUAAUGUGAAUGUUGUGUCUGAUCUGGAUGAUGCGUCAAAUCUGAGGGCUGCAUCCCCCGUUGGUUCUGUAUGCCGAAGCUCUCAGUGUUCCCAGGUGAUCUUGCAAAGGUCUGUGAGCAUGGAGGACCAGCGACAGGGGGCGUCAUCAAGCAGGGCUCAGUCGAAAACCACCCUAAAUGAUUUGCUGGACACAUUGAAACUCUUAGAAGAAGAGCCGGAGAGACUGUCCGAGCCCAAAAGCCACAGGAAUGACAAGUACUCAUGGAUUGAUGAAGAUGGAGACUCCAACUCCCUGACAACUGAUAAUGUGGAACGGCACAGGCAGUUGAGUCAAACCCCUGCCCUACCAGAUGGGGGCACUCUGCUGUCUGAGGCCAAACUGCAAACCAUUAUGAGUUUCCUGGAUGAGAUGGAGAAAUCAGAGCAAGAGAGACCACGCUCAGUCACGUCUGGAUCACACAGAGAGAUGGUUUUGUCAGAGGAGGAUCUAGCAGUUGUAGAACAAGCUUCAGCCACAGCUGCCGAGGUCACAGGAUCCAUGAUGAGACUCAAACUGGAGAUGGAGGAAAAGAAACGCACUAUUAAUAUGUUACAGACAGCACUGGCCCAGCAGAGGGAGCUGACGAUCCGUCACGUAAAGGAAACAGAAAAGGAGCUCAAUCAUAACUUCCAGCUGCACAAACAACAGUAUGAAGCUACAAUACAAAGACACCUGACAUUUAUAGACCAGCUGAUAGAUGAUAAAAAGGCCCUGAGUGAACGAUGUGAGGAAGUUGUAGGAGAGCUUAAGCAGGUGGAUCAGAAGUACACUAAGAAGAUAGCUCAGAUGCAGGAACAACAUGAACUGGUGUGGCAAAUUCUGGGUCCCAUGUGUGAGGAGAUUAAGAAGCUGAAAGAGUUAAUGAGUGCUACUGAAAAGAUCCGCAGGGAGAAAUGGAUCGAUGAGAAGACCAAAAGGAUCAAGGAGAUUACAGUAAAAGGUCUGGAGCCAGAAAUUCAGAAGCUGAUCUCCAAACACAAACAGGAGCUAAAGAAACUCAAAGUUCUUCAUGAGGCUGAGCUGCUCCAGGCAGACGAGCGUGCCGCCCAGCGCUACGUCAGGCAGACAGAGGAACUGCGACAGCAACUGGAGCGAGAGAAAGAUGAACAGUGCCAGAGGGAAAGAGAACUUGCGAAACAAAGGUUGGAGAAACAGCUGCAGGAGGAGGAAAAAACUUUGCAGCAGCAAAGGAGACGACUUUACAAAGAGGUUACGGAUGAAAAAGAAAGACUCGCACAACUGGCAUCCAGGCAGCGUGCUGAGCUAGAGGACUUAAGAAAACAGUUGGAAGACAACAGCACCUUGGCAGGAAGAGCUCUGAGAGAAGAGCUGGAGAAGAGCCGAGAAGAACAGGAGAGACGACACCAGGUUGAAAUAAAAGCCCUCAAGGAAAGACUUGAGAUUGAGAAACAGACAUGGGAAGAAAAUUACAUGAAGAAAGAGGAAGCAUGGCUGUUGAGCAGAGAGCGAGAGCUGAAAGAGGAAGUACGUCGAGGGAGAGAUAAAGAGAUCGAGCUGGCCAUUCAGAGGCUGGAGGAGGAAACCAGAGGAGCGAGAGAGGAGUGCGAGACAGCAUUUGACAACCGGAUAAAGCGCGUGAGGGAGAAAUACGAGGCCGAGGUCAGGGACCUGGAACGUUCGGAGCGGGCGGCAGUGCAGAAACAGCAGGAGAUGCGGGAGAAACAGAGCGAGAUGGAGGCAGAGCUCCUCCGCCUGCAGUCGCUCUUACGACAGAAAGAACAGGAGAUAAGCGACCUCACCCAGGCACGGGAUAAGUUAUCAGAGGAGCGUCGAAGCCUAGCGGAGGUGAUCAGGCAGGAGUUUGCCGAGCGCUUGGUAGAGACGGAGGACGAGAACAAAAGAAUGAAAAUUGAAGUUUCAGAGGCAAAGGCACGACUCCGAUUAGAGGUGGAGAGAGUAAGUCGAGAGAAAGAGGAGGAGCUCGCGGAGGUGCAUCAAAGAGUGAAGUCAGCUAUUACAAAGAAGGAAGAGACUGUGAAUAACCUUAGGAAACAACAUGAGGCUGCAGUGAAAAGAGCCGAUCAUCUCGAGUCUUUGUUGGAACAACAGAGAAAACAGCUCUUGGGAAAAUGAUUGACAACAUCAACAAACCAAUCGUUUAAAAAAAAACAUCCUUGAAUCAUUUCUGUUUUCUUUUGGUUGUUUAGAACCUAAGGAAUGAAAUAUGGGUGGAUUGUUUGGUUCCACCUGACUUGACGUUCCCAUGGCGACAGGCCAAGAAAUAAGAAACAAAUGUAAUCUUCUUUUGGGAUUCCUGAAGAGUUUUUGUUUCUCCAACACGAAUUUCGACGAAAUGACAGAUUCCGCUUAACCCUUGCCGUCAUGCUCAAAUAAAUCAAUAAACAAAUGUCAGCGGGCGGAUGUCACGAAACCUCAAAAACAUGUUCAGAUCGUAUUUCACGUAAAAUAAAAAUAAAAACCAAUGAGAACUAUAUUUUAAUGUUAUGUUAUUUACAUUAAUUACAUAAAAUAUUUAGUAAAUUAUUUUUAAAGCAUUACAUAAUUUGGUAGUGUUGGUGCACUGGAAUACAUUUAAAUAAAUUGAAUUUACAUAAAUACAUUUUUAAAUAAAUUUAAUCUAUUAAAACAUUAAAACAUUGUUCUACAGUAAUAUGUUACUAUAUUGCUUCCAAAUCCUGGUCCUCGAGUACCCCCUCCCAAAGAGUUUUAGAUGUCUCCUUAUUUAACACCUGAUUUAUCUCAUCAGCUUAUUUGUAAUCAGGUGUUUUAAAUUAGGAGACUUCUAAAAGUUUUUGGGAAGGGGUGCUCGAGGGCCAGGAUUGGGAAGCACUGCUAUAGUCCAUUACAAAAAUACUGUAAUCCAGUAUUAAAUAUUUUUUGUUAGACAAACUCUAUGCCAAGUUGUUUUAACCCAUGGUUAGGUUACAACAACAACCCAGCAUAGAGUUAUUUAUAACCCAACUGUUGGGUUUGUCCGCAUUUGACCCAACUCUGGGUUUAGAGAAAUUUUGUUGGGGGUCAUAGUGGAAAAAAUCUUAAAAUUUGGCAAAAUCUAAUUUCUUAUUUAUUUGUAAUGUAAUGUGUGCACCUGCCAGGGGACUACAGAUGGAAAUUAGCUUUUGCUAACUCUGGAACAAAACAUCUUUGUCCCUUAUAAAUAAAUAUUUUUUUUUUAUCUUUUGAUUUAAUUUUUUGAGGUGAAAUAGUUCUGCACUUGUUUUUGAAGGAUUCGCCCAAGUAGUGAGAACAUCUUUCGCUGUGCACAGAGGUAUUUACUGGAAAUUCUUUCCAGAUGUUUCUUUCAUUACGUACCAUCUCGCUUCUCCCCAGAGUUUGAGAGUAAAGGAAAUGGGAGGUGCGGGAGAGCCAAAGGCUAUGAAGUCGAGACAGUCACCUUAACAUUAAAAAGAAAAGCCCCCCCAUUUACAAACAUACAAACACCCCUGCCCCUUUUCUGUUGCAUACAGAUGCCUUUUUUCCCUCUGGGCUGUCUGUAAAUUACAGGAGAUAUCCCAGAAGCCCUCAGGCCACCAAACAUGUUCAUACAUACCCAGCCCAGCUCCGCAUCAGACGUCAUAUAAAGAUGGCAGGAUAAGUCAAGGUUUUGUUGAGAGAUAAAAUAGAUAAGUACGUGCUUUUGUGAAUUGACAGGAACUGACGGUAGAUCAAAACGCUCGCGAGAUAAAUACAUGCAGCUGUUUUGUAUUUACAUUGACGAGUUGGGAUUAGGGUUCAGAUGUGAUGGCCAUAGCAAGUGAAAUAAAAAAGAAAUGGAUGCGAGGGUUUGGUUGAUGCGUGGCAGCAGAGCUGGGCUGGACUUGAUAUGAAGGUGGAUUUGAUUGCAAGUCAUAGUAGAACGUGUUUCUAGAUCAACAUCCUAGUUGGGGCUAAAUAAAUUUGACAUGUUGUUAGCUUUAGACUGGGUGAUGUUUGAAGAGCAUUCUUAUCAAUUCAUCAUGUCAUCUAUUCAUCAUUUACAAAUUGAAUUCCGUUGGCGGUAUUGGCUGUGUAAAUGACUAUUGUUUAGUUAGGAACGUUGUUCGUGUAACUAUUGAUUCAGAUACGGUUUGCACUUGUGACAUAGUUGUGGUUUCAAGCGCAAUUAAAAGUCUCUCUGCAAUGUAUAACAAGCUUCAUACUCACGAGACGAGACGAGACAAAUGCCGUAUAGAAGUCACGGUUGGGGUAGGUGUUUCAAACUCGCUGGUCUUCUUUGUUACUUAAUGUAUUUCGUCAGGAUGUGCGUCAACAAAAGAAGAAACAUUUGCGCAACGCAUGAAAUGACAAAAAGAUUAAUUAUUUAUUUUCCCCCGAACAGUAUUUUAAGAUUUAUUUAAGAGGAGUUAUAAUAAUGAUAAGCAGUGAAUGUGAGCCUUGUAUUCUUGAUUCUGAAUGUUAAAUUUAAGUUUUUGUGUCUAUGGUUACCUUCCUUUUAAAUACGUUUUAUCUAACUUUCGUUGAUCGGUGCCAAACUGAAUUGAAAAAAUACGUGACCAACCUUUCUACUUUCUCUCUCGAACUGAAAAUGCAUUGGAUUUAUCAUUGUUCAAUGGGUUUUAAGUCCUGUUUCCUGAAUUGUGUUUUGUUCAGCGAACUAAGCUGAAUAUACACUCCGAUCGGAGUAAACACUCCCUCGUUCCUGUUUAAUAAUGACUAUUUCCCAAAACAAACAGAUCGGGUUUUCAUUUUAUUGUGUUCAGGUUUGUGAUCUAAACUCUGGUUUACAUGCCACAAAAGAACAAUUUCACUAAACCGCAAGCUGGCAUUUUGCCCGGGGACAUAAGUAUUUAGUUGAAGGUGUGGUAGAUGUAUAUUAAGCAUUAUUUCAUGACAUGCUGUAAAAAGGAAAGUUUGAUCAACUUAAAAAAUGACUUCAAUUGGUAACGGCUAAAUAGAUUUUUUUUCUCACUUUAAGUAAAAAAUUUAAAUAUUUUAGUUUUUAGUCAUUUUUUAUUUAAUCCAACUCUGUAUGUGCAUACAAGGUCAGUUGGAUGCAUUUUAUUGGAGCCUAGGUGUAAGGUUUCAUGCUAUAAACAUUCUGAGAAUGUUUCAAAUACGUUGUCUGAAGGUUAGAAGUGAAUUUUUGCAGCAGAUGCAGGUCUUUGGCUGUCUUCACGCCGUCUGAUGUCAGCGCGGUUGGCAUGGCUGGUGCGUGUCAGUCCCACUCGUGCCAAUGAACACUUCUUUGUGUGUGUGUUUUGUUUAAGAGCCAAGCGCCGGUCGCCAUUUUACUCUGACUAUGAAGUGAAAACACUACUUUUAUUGUUAUCUUUAAUACAUUUUAGUCAGUUGCCCUUGCCUUCCCGGAGGGUAACUUCUUUCGUGUUUUGUGCUUUUAUGACGUCUCGUCUCGUCUUGUUUUAUGUAAAUAAACAUGUAGCCCUUAUUUGUUUUUUUCCCUCUUCCUAUGUUUUGUAUAUCAGGAUUAGUAGCUGUUUGUGAACAGUGAAGAAUAUAUGCUUGGAUUGUUAGUAAGACAAUAAAUCUUUAAAAUAAACUUGUGUUGUUUUUCUCAG